AUUCAGGCAUUCACCCACGAUUAUUCGGCUCAGUCACUGUUCAGUCAAAGUCAGCGUCAAGUGUCAAGUCGAAGUUUGGUUUAGACUUUAGUUAAUUUGGAACCGCGUGAUUGCUAUUGCCGCUAAUUGAUAUUGGUUCUAUUUUAAUUCUAAAACUAAGUGACAUUGAGUUAUAACUCCGGUUAAAAAUGAAUGUCUAUAUAUUGGCUGGUGUAACGGGAUUUAUGUGUGUAAUUCUACACUUUAUUUACAAGACCUUCUUUGGCCAACAAAAAUGUGAUGUACAAAAUGAUGAAUCUGAGAGCGUAACAGGAGCUCAGUCGGAGACGGUAUCCGAAACUUCUACUAAUGAGAAUCGUCCGAGCGGGAAAAGCAAGAAGCGCGCUACGUGGAAGGCGGGCAAGACGGACUUCAGCCAUCCCUGGCUGCUGAAGAAUCUCAAAGGUCAUCCGGGAAAUGUCCUCCUCAUGGAUUUCUCCGCGAACGGCAAAUUCUUGGCCGCUACCUGUGACGAUGGUUCGAUAAUCCUAUGGGAUAUAAGAGACUUGAAUGUCAAAGAUCACAAGAAUAUAAGAGUGAACAUUCCGUUCGACCAUGCUUCCCACAUCGCAUGGAGUCCGGACUCCAAAGCCUUCGUGAUACACACGGUUCAGGAGAAUCACAUCCAGGUGUACAAAAUAGAGAAGAAAAAAGAUGGCACUAUAGGAGCAGCUCAUCCCAUGAUCACGUUCGAUAAGGCCCAUGAGGAUGACGUGAUAGGUUUUGGUAUAUCAAGCAAUGGUAAGUUCAUGAUGUCAUGUUCGUCGAAAACCGAUAUGAUCAUAUGGGAUCUCAAGGGGCAACAGCUCGAGAGGCUGGAUACAUACCUGAUGCACACGCACACAGCCAAGAUAUCGCCGUGCGGUCGCUUCGUGGUCGCUACCGGUUUCUCACCGGACGUUAAAAUUAUGGAAGUGUGUUUCAAAAAAACGGGUGAAUACAACCAAGUGACCAAAGCAUACGAGCUAACCGGUCACACGUCCGGCGUUUAUGACGUUGUAUUCGCCGUGGAUACCUCGCACAUCGCAACCAUAUCCAAGGACGGCACGUGGAAGAUAUAUCAUACUAGAAUUGAAUACUCGCGCGGGGAAUCCCCUCACGUGCUCAAGACCGGAUCCUACACCCAGACAGCCAACCCUCCGAAGAUAGCUCUAUCACCCAACGCUGAGGUUCUAGCCGUCUCCAACGACUCCAACGUAGAGUUCUAUGACACUUACACCGGCGAACUCUACGAUACAGUGGAGAAUCUCUACACCGGUUUGAUAAACUACAUGUUGUUCGACGCGGCUGGUAAGUAUCUAUUCGUUUGCGGAGAUCGCGCUAUAAGGAUACUACAUAACGUCUGCGGAUACUACACUACCAUCAACAGCUGUAGGAGACUACUCACGUCCAAACAGACGUUAGCGACGCAGGAACGUCUCAAUAACACUAUACUAGAGUGUAAAAAAACUCUAGAGAAAUUUGGUAAAAAAUACUAAUUUUUCUAUAUAUUAACAUAUAAUUAUCUUUCAUAUAUUUUUUUCCUAAUCAUUAUCGAAUUGCCUCGUGAAUUGUUAUUGUGUAAUACAAACAUGUUUCCAGUGACUAACAGUAAAUAUUUCGUUCGUCCUCAGGAGGGACGUUAUCAUGUCAUAUAAGUGUUAAGUUUUUAAAGUUGCAUUUAUUACAAUAGUUUAAGAUUGUAACAUUCCCAUUAACCAGCCAUUUAGAUAUGUUAUGGCUUUUAGUAGAAUUGAUAGGAAAAAACCUAAUUGGCAUGUUAUUGCGAUAUCAAAAAAUUUAUGUGUUUAUGUAAAAUCGAUUUCCGUAUUAAUGGUAAAAAAAAUAUAGUAACAUUGUAUAUUAAAGAUAAUUUUGUUAAUUAUACAAUAUUGUUAUAA